UAGGGCCUGGGGGAACAGUCGUAGAGAGGGAGCGGGACGGCCACUGGCGGUCCUCAGCGCGGAUCUAGGGGCGCAACCCCACAGGGGCCGGGGCUCCUGGGGUCUUAGGGGACGAGGAGGCCCUACAGCCUCGGCUGAGGGGGUCUCAUCGGCACAGGAACAGAUGCCGAGGACCGCCGCCAUGGGGCUGAAAGCCGCCCAGAAGACCCUGUUCCCGCUACGCUCCAUCGACGAUGUGGUGCGCCUGUUCGCAGCCGAGCUAGGCCGAGAGGAGCCCGACCUGGUGCUCCUGUCCUUAGUACUGGGCUUCGUGGAGCAUUUCCUAGCCGUCAACCGCGUCAUCCCCACCAAUGUGCCCGAGCUCACCUUCCAGCCCAGCCCAGCGCCCGACCCUCCUGGUGGCCUCACCUACUUCCCAGUGGCUGACUUAUCCAUCAUCGCUGCGCUCUAUGCUCGCUUCACCGCUCAGAUCCGAGGUGCCGUGGACCUGUCUCUGUACCCUCGAGAGGGGGGUGUCUCCAGCCGCGAGCUGGUGAAGAAGGUCUCAGACGUCAUCUGGAACAGCCUCAGCCGCUCCUACUUCAAGGACCGGGCCCACAUCCAGUCCCUCUUCAGCUUCAUCACAGGCACCAAACUGGACAGCUCUGGUGUGGCCUUUGCCGUGGUGGGGGCCUGCCAGGCUCUGGGUCUCCGGGAUGUCCACCUCGCCCUGUCUGAGGACCACGCCUGGGUUGUGUUUGGGCCCAAUGGAGAGCAGACAGCUGAGGUCACCUGGCAUGGCAAGGGCAAUGAGGACCGGAGGGGCCAGACCGUCAAUGCGGGCGUGGCUGAGCGGAGCUGGCUGUACCUGAAGGGAUCCUACAUGCGCUGCGACCGCAAGAUGGAGGUGGCGUUCAUGGUGUGCGCCAUCAACCCUUCCAUCGACCUGCACACCGACUCCCUGGAGCUGCUGCAGCUGCAGCAGAAGCUGCUCUGGCUGCUCUAUGACCUGGGACAUCUGGAAAGGUACCCCAUGGCGCUGGGGAACCUGGCGGAUCUGGAAGAGCUGGAGCCCACCCCUGGCCGGCCGGACCCACUCACCCUCUACCACAAGGGCAUCGCCUCAGCCAAGACUUACUACCGCGAUGAGCACAUCUACCCCUACAUGUACCUGGCCGGCUACCACUGUCGCAACCGCAAUGUGCGCGAAGCCCUGCAGGCCUGGGCUGACACGGCCACUGUCAUCCAAGACUACAACUACUGCCGGGAAGACGAGGAGAUCUACAAGGAGUUCUUUGAAGUGGCCAAUGAUGUCAUCCCCAACCUGCUGAAGGAGGCGGCCAGCCUGCUGGAGGCCGGCGAGGAGCGGCCAGGGGAGCAGACCCAGGGCUCCCAGAGCCAGGGGUCUGCCCUCCAGGACCCAGAGUGCUUCGCCCACCUGCUGCGUUUCUACGACGGCAUCUGCAAGUGGGAAGAGGGCAGCCCCACGCCGGUGCUGCACGUGGGCUGGGCCACCUUCCUCGUGCAGUCCCUAGGCCGCUUCGAAGGACAGGUGCGGCAGAAGGUGCGAAUAGUGAGCCGGGAGUCGGAGGCAGCCGAGGCGGAGGAGCCCUGGGGCGAGGAGGCGCGGGAAGGCCGGCGGCGGGGUCCCCGCCGGGAAUCCAAGCCCGAGGAGCCGCCGCCGCCCAAGAAGCCGGCGCUGGACAAAGGCCCCGGUGCCGGGCAGAGCGUGGCGCCAGGGCCGCCCCGGAAGCCCCCAGGGACGGUCCCGAGCACUGCCCGCGGUCCUGAAGGCGGCAGCGCGGCCCCAGCGCCUGCGCCUGCCGCAUCGCCCCCACCAGAGGGGCCGGUGCUCACUUUCCAGAGCGAGAAGAUGAAGGGCAUGAAGGAGCUGCUGGUGGCCACGAAGAUCAACUCGAGCGCCAUCAAGCUGCAGCUCACCGCGCAGUCGCAAGUGCAGAUGAAGAAGCAGAAGGUGUCUACACCCAGCGACUACACUCUCUCCUUCCUUAAGCGGCAGCGUAAGGGCCUGUGAACUACCCUAGCACUCCUCAGUCCAGACCGGGCUCCACCCCAGCACCCCCGCCAGCCCAGGCGACCAAUGGGCCUAGGCCCGGCCUCCCGGCCCCACCCCCACCCGGAAUCGAGACUCGGCCGGGGUGUCAGACUCACCCUGGCGGCGCCCGACAUUGGAGUAUAUAGAUGCCAUUCCCCAGUGUCCCGGU